AUGGCACCCAUCCUCCACGUCCAACAACACACCGCUCUCUCACUUACCCUCAGCACCAUUGGCGCCCUAACCCUUGCCACCAUUUUCUACCAGAUCGUCAGUUUCCUGCUCAGCACUUUCAUCGUCUCGGGCCACUCGCUCGAGAAGUUCAAAGACAAGAAAAGCGCCGACGGCACCUGGGCCGUCAUCACCGGCGCCUCAGACGGCCUCGGUCGCCAGUACGCCCUGCAACUCGCCGACAAGGGCUUCAAUGUGCUAUUGAUCAGUCGGACUAAGGCGAAGUUGGAUGCGCUGGCGGAGGAGAUCUCGAACAAAGCGAAGAAGAGCUAUGAUGGCGGUGCGCAGGCGGAGGUGCUGGCCGUGGAUUUCAGUACUGCGGGUGAUGAGCAGUAUGGGCAGAUCGAGCGGGCAUUAAAGGGGAAGGUGGUUGGAGUUCUAAUCAACAACGUGGGACUCAGUCACGACCGACCCGUGGUGUUCAGUGAAACGUCGCUGGAGGAGAUGGAGAGCAUCAUCAAGAUAAACUGUCUGGCGACGUUGAGGGUCACGAAGACUGUGCUGCCAUUCAUGCUCCCCCAACGCCGCGGCCUAAUCCUCACAAUGGGCUCCUUCGCGGGCCUGACCCCCACGCCGCUCCUCGCCACCUACUCCGGCAGCAAAGCCUUCCUGCAAGCCUGGAACACCGCUCUCGCCGCCGAGCUCGCGCCUCAAGGAAUCGUCUGCACCCUCGCGCAAGCCUACCUUAUCACUUCCGCUAUGUCCAAGGUCCGCCGCCCAACCUGGCUCAUUCCAACCGAGAAAGCAUUUGUGAAGUCCAGCUUGGCGAAGAUUGGGAACAGAGGUGGGAGCUGGGGGUUCGGUAGGGGGACGGGCACGCCGUAUUGGAGCCAUGCGUUGAUUGCGGGAGUUGUUACGGGCGUAUCGGGUGCGGCAAGUGACCUGACGGUUGGCAUCAACAAGAGGAUGCAUGAGGAUAUUUUGAGGAGGGUGUUGAGGAAGGAGAAAAGGGAGAGGGAGGCGGGGAAGAAGAAGGAAUGA